UUGACUCGAACAAUGGUGAAGCUGCCGCCGGGCUAAGCUGCACGAUAGCCAUUGUACUAAACCAAGCCCUCCGCCUGCAUUUCGCCACACACGAACAGACACAGAGCGCGCGUGCCAAAUGGAGCCCCGCCGUCUCCGCUUCCCUCUGCUCCUCCUCGUCGCCGUCGUCCUCGCGUGCCGCCGCUGCGGCGCGCAGGACGCCCCCAACGCCACCGUCCCGGCGCAGUUCGCAUGCAUGGUGCCCACGCCGUGCGACACGUACGUCGUGUACCGGACGCAGUCGCCGGGGUUCCUCACCCUCGGCGUCAUCUCUGACCUCUUCGGCGUGAGCCGCGCGAUGAUCGUCAGCGCCAACAACCUGACCACCGAGGACGGGGUGCUGCUGCCGGGCCAGCCGCUGCUCCUGCCCGUCAAGUGCGGCUGCACCGGCAACUCCUCCUUCGCCAACAUCACCUACCCCAUCCAGUCCGGCGACACCUACUACGCGCUCGCGCUCACCGCCUUCGAGAACCUCACCAGCUACGGCCUCGUCCAGGAGCUCAACCCCGACGCGCCGGCCAACACGCUCGAGAUCCAUCAGGAGGUCACGCUGCCGCUCUUCUGCCGGUGCCCCACGCCGGCGGAGCGGGCAGACGGGGUGCUUAAACACAUCACCUACCUGUGGCGGCCGUUGGAGGAUGACAUGGACGGGGUGAGCAAGCUGAUGAACGCGUCCAGGCAGGCCAUCGCCAAGGCGAACAACGUCACCACGGACUUCACCUCCAACGCGGCGAUACCGAUGCUGAUCCCGGUGUCGCAGCGGCCGCAGUUUCCGCCCCUGCAGUAUAGUGCUAGUACCGGACAUUCUGGGGCUGGCAAGCGCAGCCCUGCCGGUGCCACCAUCGCGGUCAGCGUCGCGGUGACUUUCGUCGCCUUCGCCGCCUUGUGCGUAGCGGUCUUCGCGUACCGGAGGUACCGCCGCGACAAGGCCACGGUGCACUUGGGGACCAGGUCCGCCCCGAACCCGAGGCUUUGUUGGAACCACAAAGACUUUCAUAGCAGCAGCUCCAUCGCUCGCAUGAUCAACAAAGGAGGGGACAAGCUGCUCACCAGCGUGUCCCAGUUCAUCGACAAGCCUAUCAUCUUCGGGACGGAGGAGAUCAUGGAGGCGACGAUGAACCUCGACGAACGGUGCAGGCUCGGCACCUCCUACUACCGCGCGAAGCUCGACGGGGAGGUGUUCGCGGUGAAGCCGGCGAAGGGCGACGUCUCGGCGGAGAUGCGGAUGACGCAGAUGGUCAACCACGCCAGCCUCAUCAAGCUGGCCGGCAUAUCCAUGGGCGCGGACGGGGAGUACACCUUCCUCGUCUACGAGUUCGCCGAGAAGGGGUCGCUCGACAAGUGGCUGUACGAGAAGCCGCCGUCGUCGCUGUCGAUGCCGUCGUCGUCGAGCCACGUGGACACGCUCCUGUGGAACCAGAGGCUGGGCAUCGCGUUCGACGUCGCCAACGGGCUGCUCUACAUGCACGAGCACACGCAGCCGAGCAUGGUGCACGGCGACGUCCGCGCACGGAACAUCCUCCUCACCGCGGACUUCAGGGCCAAGAUAUCCAACUUCUCGGUUGCCACGCCGGCGACGCUGGACGCCGCGGCGACGAGCAGCGACGUGUUCGCCUUCGGCCUGCUCGUCCUCGAGCUUCUCUCCGGCAGGAGGGCAAUGGAGGCGCGCGUCGGCGCGGAGAUCGGCAUGCUGUGGCGGGACAUCCGUGCGGUGCUGGAAGCCGGGGACAAGAGGGACGCGAAGCUGAGGAAGUGGAUGGACCCGACCCUCGGCGGCGUGUACCACCUGGACGCGGCGCUCAGCUUGGCCGGCAUGGCGCGGGCCUGCACGGAGGAGGACGCGUCGCGGCGGCCGAAGAUGGCCGACGUCGUGUUCAGCCUCUCGAUGCUGGUGCAGCCGCUGCCGGUGGGGGACGCGUUCGAGAAGCUAUGGCAGCCCAGCUCGGAUGAGAACAUCGCGAUCGUCAAUGAAGUGGCGGCACGAUAGGAUCGACACGUGACAGAAUUUACUGACUAAUGUUGUGAGUUACUACUACUAUGGUGCGUUCAGUAUUUUUGGUACCUUCUAUGAAUGUGUACAUGUUACCGUGUUGUACAUUAUGUUGAUUCACUCUGUA